AUGCAGUUACGAGGUAUUGAUUACAUCUUAGGAAGGCUGCUGGUAGUGGCUAUUAUUGCAACUCUGGUCAACGCGCAGCCGCCCACGGCAGAUGCGUCAAUUGGAAAAGAUCGUUCACUGAGGCAGUCGUCAAUAAAAGCAGGAAGAAGUGUAGCAGUUAAACCAAAAUGGGGUUUCUUUGGAACCAUAUUUAAUGUGAUUUUGGAGCAAAUCAAUGACACAAAAAGUGCUUAUAAUCAAAUAUCUGAAUUGGUUAAUAAUCAAUUUGCUGAUGAUAAGGUGGUUACUACAACCCCGAGCAGUGGCAAUGGAACUACUCCAUCACCUAAGAUUACAAGACAAGAAUUUUUAAAUAUACUUGACAGGAAUCUAAAGGGUUUGGCGCGACUUCGUAAUUUGGAAUGGAGAGAAGCAAAGAAGACUUUACUUUUAGUGAUAUUAAAUUUUUUUGGGUCAUCAAGUUUUAGUAAAAGUAAGAUGUCUUCUCGGGGUCGUGGGUAUGGUGGUAGAGGUUAUGUGGGCCGCGGUGGAGGCUACAGAGGUUCAUAUCGCGGUAAUAGUCACCGAGGCAGCUAUGAUAACCGAGGAGGUCGAGGUGGCUAUUCUUCAUACGGCAGUGAAUCGCGGUACAAUUCUGGAAGCAGCAAUAGGUACUCAUCCAGCCGCGACCGAAUGGAUGACUCUUAUAAAAAAUCAUAUAGAGAAUCUGCAACUUAUUCAAAUCGAGAGUUUGUUAGCCGUUCUGGAUCGCCUGAGCGCAAAAGAAUGAGAAUGGAGGGCUCCUCGAGUGAAAGACGUAGCCAUGACGGCGGACACUAUGGCGGAUCGUACGGCGGUAGACAAGAGAGUUACGGUGGCGAGAGAAGGUCAUUCGGUGGGGAAGAUAGAAGACGAUCGCCGGCUCGCGAAAGCUUUCGCAAGUCUAGCGGCAUGGGGCCGCCGCGCGAGCCGGUGCGUCCUACCCCCCGUCUGCGUGCCCCUCGUCGCUCUUUUCGAGGACGCUCGUUACGAUCACGCGCCUCCUACCGCGGAGCCCCAAGAUCACGCGCCUCUUUCUCCAAUAGGCGCUAUUCGGAGGGGUCACAAACUUAUGCACGCGUGAUGAGAUCAAUCAAAGGUCGAAGCCCUGUAAAAUCAAAAGAAGAGGCCUCAUCGACGGAAGAAGACUGGGAAGCAGAGGAAAAGGAGGAAGUCAUGGAAGACACAAAGGAGUCAAAAAGCAAGUCACCAAAGCCUGAAGAAGACCAGUCGGAGGGAGAUGGAGAAAUUGAUGCUGGAGAAGAAACUGAGAAGGAAGAAGACGCGACAUCUGAUGCACCGGCCGCCAAACGCUACGUGCAACUGAUAUGCGUCCACUGUAAAGAGAAGUGUCCUAACUUUGGUGUAUAUGCAAAACAUUUAUUGUCACUGAAACACCGAGCAGCGAUGAGUGCGGUCGCGAGGCGCCACAAGGCGCAACUGCUAAGAAUGCGAGUGGCUCAGCGAGGAGCCCAACGGGAGUUGGAGGCCUCCGUUGGGGCUGAGCUAGCACCGCGAACGACCUUCUGCCUCGUGUGCAGAUUGAAUCACCGUACUACACGACACGCCCACAAUCUUACCGACACGCAUCGUGCUAUGAAGCGCUUCCUUACACCAUUCUGCCGAAUUUGCGGCAUCACAUUCCGCUCACCCAUGAUUUAUGAGCAUCACAUUUCUUCGAUUGAACAUCUAAAGAGAAAGGCUCUUCAGAGGGCUCGGCCUGCUGCUAGUCCAAAAGCGGAGCAAAGCGGCGAUGAAGCGAUGGAUGUGGAUUUGGACAAUUUCAUGACAUUAGAUUCUGUGGGAGAUGUUGACGAAGUAGAAGAUGAUGAUUCUGGAGCAGAAAAGAAAGAAGAGGAGAAGCCCAAGAAGGCAAAAGUAGAAAUUAAUAUUGGCAGUGAACACAUAAAGAAAAUUGAAGUCUGGUGGUGUAGUCUAUGCCGUACGUACCUGCCUCGCGCCGAAGCGGGUAGCACUGAGGAGGCUGAGGCGAUGCGUCGUCACUGCCGCCUCCGUAUUCAUCUGCGUCACUACGUGCAGCAUCGAGAUACGCGCACUCUUCGCAAGCAGGCUGAACGAAUUCAUCGCCAACUUCAUCGCCACGCGGAGGAAGAAAAAGAGAAUGUGACAGAGGAAACUUCUGAACCAAAGGUUAAAGAAGAAAAAAUAGAGGCGAACGCUGAGAAAAACUGUGAAAAGAUGGAAAAUGGUACUGACACAAUGAAUGCUUCAGGUAAUGAAGAGAAACUUUGGGCAGAUGUAGAUAAAGAUAUCGGAGAGUUGUUACGUGAAGUAGCUCCUAAAGGGAAUGAAGCAAGUGAUGAUGAGGAGGAUCUCGGAAGAUAUGACAAAUUUCGUAAAAGCGAUAAGACUAAGCCCGGCGAUGAAGAGAAGAAAUCGAAAGUUGAAGUGGCGAAUGAAGAAAAAGUAACUAUUGAAGCAAAUUCUUCUGCUUAA